GCCGGCGGCUGACAGCGCUUGCGCCGCCCGGCUCCUCCUCCGCUUGUGCUCCCGCCGCUGCCCCGCCAUGGCCGCCUCCUCCUGCCGCCCCGCUCCGCCGCGGCCCGCCACCCACCUGAUCUUUGACAUGGACGGUCUCCUGCUGGAUACUGAGCAUCUUUAUACUACGGUUUUUCAAGAAAUCUGUGAACGCUUUGGAAAGGCAUAUACCUGGGAUUUGAAAUCAUUAGUCAUGGGUAAAAAAGCAUUGGAGGGAGCACAGAUUAUUCGAGAUGUACUUGAGCUUCCAAUGACCAAAGAGGAGCUACUGCAUGAAAGUAAAAUGAAGCAGGAAAAAAUAUUUCCUAAUGCUGCAUUGAUGCCAGGGGUUGAAAAGCUGAUCCGCCAUCUACACCAACACAAUGUACCUAUAGCUAUUGCCACUAGCUCAGCUGGAGUGACAUUUCAGAUAAAAACAAGCAAACACAAAGACUUCUUUAAUCUAUUUCAUCAUAUUGUGUUGGGAGAUGACCCAGAUGUGAAGAACAGCAAGCCACAGCCUGAUGCGUUUUUAGUUUGUGCAAAGAGAUUUCACCCUCCUCCUCCUCCAGAAAAGUGUCUUGUAUUUGAAGAUUCUCCACUUGGGGUUCAAGCAGCACUGGCAGCUGGGAUGCAAGUGAUUAUGAUUCCAGAUGAAAAUUUGAAUCAAGAUCUUACAAAGGAAGCAAAUCUAGUGCUGAAAUCUAUGGAGGACUUUGAACCAGAACUGUUUGGUUUACCACCAUAUGACUAAGGACUAAUAUAUUUCAACAUGUUCUUAGUUGGAGAUUGGGGGGUAGGGAAUGAAAAUGUAGAGUAAAAAAUUAUCUAUUUUUUAUUUUUCUUUCUAAAAUAAGACAAUGAAGUCUUUCAUGAUUUACUUUUAAAUUUCCCUGGUUACUCUUGGUUUGUCUUCUGCAGUGCUAAGUGGAAGGAAUGUUUCUUCUUGCCUGUUCUUCAGCUAUACUAGUCUUGUCAUCUGCAUAAUGUCAUGUACAUUCAGUGCAUUUGCAAAACUGCAAAGACAAUCUGCUUCAAACAUGUGGAGGGUUUUGCUCUGGUUUGCUGGAAUAACAGACUGCUUAGAACAAUGGUGCUCAACAUUUUCCUUGUUAUGGAUAGGCUGUUGCCCCCUUAUACCAUUGUGCGGCACAGUUACCACUACCUAUUCCUUGUCCAUGCCUUUGUCUUUCCUGUUCUUAUCUUCUGGUUGGAUUUUUUGUUUUUGUGUGUUUUACUUUCGUGGUGUUCGUUUUUGUUCUCCUGUUUUGUGACUUCCCCUUUCUGGAAUGGGGUGGAGGGGGAACCCAUUGUCAGCUUCCUACGACCAUAUGCUCUUGCAGCUCAUCUGAGCGCUGUGUAAGCCUGUGUAACACUGCUACUCCCUACUUAUCCCCCUGUCUCAUUUCACAUAGCCUCUUCCCCAUCCAUUUUGCUCCCCCAAUGAUGACAGCCUUGUAUUUCCAUUCUUUUUUCCAUUCUUUCAUGUUGCCUCCUUUAGUCUUUAUGAGCUUAUGCACAAGGCCCCCUAUCUUCUCCACAGUUAAGUCCUUCUGAAGACUCUUUACAUUAUUUUUACUACAGAAAAUUCUGCUGAUUUAAUACCGAAAGUAAUAUUUUUGUUUUGUAGCUUAACCUUGUUUUACCAAGCACCAUCUUUGCCACCCUAUAUGUUAUACUCAUUUCUGCUAAUCCGGGUCCAUUUCUGUCUAUCUUUAGAUUGUGAGCUCUUCAGGAAAGUGACUGUAUUUUCUUUUUGGAAAGUAUAAAGUACAUUGUGAGUGCUACCACAAACAAACAAAUAAGUAUAAUUUGUAUGGUGGAACAUAUCCAGGGUUGUGAAAAUUCUUUUUCCCUACUGCUGUUCUCCUCUGUGUCUUGACUUUCCUGUACUACUUUGCCCCAGCCCCUGGACUGGGAAACACUAGUUUAAAGGAUCUUACCUCUUGUAUGGAGAUAAUGAUUGCAUUAUAAAUUUGAAAAAAAAAAUAACCUUUUAGCUGUGGGAAGCCCUAAACUAUUCUCGUAAUCACAGUAAAACGUCUUUGAUGAAGAUAGUGAACGUAAAAAAUGCUGAAGAUAAGAAAAUAGGUACUUCUGAUAUUAUUCACUGAAAUAAAAUACUGAAGUUUCCUUCUAUUCUGCAUGUGAAAAAAAAUUAAGUGGUUGAAUGAUUAGAGUGCUGUUUGUUCAUUUUUUUAAUAAGUGGACUGUUGAGAUAACAGAACGUAACUCAAACAAGAACUCAGAGAUCAAAUAUUUUUUCUAGCAUUUCUGCAGCUCACUUUUUGUUUUUAAUAAAAAGCAAAAAAUAAGUGAACAUUGGAAGACUCACUAAAAUUCUUAGAUAUUACAUAGAUUUUUUUAAAGCAAAUUUAAAACAGUCUGUGUCUCUGAGUACACUAUUUAAAUAUCUUAAAAAAUAAGAAUAUCCUAUUCCAAACUAUCAGUAAAUUAUUAAUUGGAUGGUAUUAGAAAAAUAUUGUCAAGCACAAUAUAGUAACAGUUUUUCUUCUGCAAUGCCUUUCAUCCAAAGAUCUGAAAGUGCAGGUGGGUGAAUAUUGCUUACUGUAAUAUUAUUUUGCAUAUAAUUUUGUAUAACCAUGUGUUGCAGUUCUAGUGAAUAUUUAUAUUGUAUCUACAGUCCAACUAAAGUAAUGUAAAUUCUUCCUCUUCUGUUGCCAUUCAAGAUAACAGAAAUGGUAUUGCACAGUUCCUUCAUGGCUAAUGUUGCAUAUCAGAAAGUGUUACCAUACAGCAAUAAUUCUGAGCUUUCAAGUGUAAAACAGGUGCCUUUGGGGAUCCCUUUAGUUCAGAAUUGCUGAAUUCCAACUGGGAACUUAUUAGGUAGAACAAGCUCUAAUAAGUUGUAAUUAGUAACUUUUUCAAAGUGCUGUAUACAUUUAAUUGAACUUGGAGUUUAAAAAAAAAUCAAGGCACAUGUCACAUUUACAAAGUUGUUCCAAAGGGCCUCUCACCAAAGCAUUACAAAUACUUUCUUAAGACAUACACACUUAGAUAAAUAUUGGAUAUUUAUGGCAAAACAGAAGUGCAUUGGCAGUGCCACCAUGGGAUAAUGAAGGAUCAAUCAAGGAUGCAACCCCAUUCUAUUACCCAAGGUGGUCAGGGAUGCAACCCCAUGCUCUGGGUGUCCCUAAGCCUCAAACUGCCAGAUGCUCGGACUGGACAACAGGGGAUGGAUCAAUUCAUGAUUGUCUUGUUCUGUUCAUUCCCUCUGAAGCAUCUGGCAUUGGCCACUGUUGUAAGACAGGACACUGGGCUAGAAGAACCAUUGGUCUGAUGAAGUCCGGCCUUUUAAUGUUCUUAUGAAUGAAUAUAAAUUCUGUUCCCUUCAAUUCUGGUAUAGUUAACGGUUUCCUCUUUUACUGAGGAAAAUUAACAUAGAAAACUCCCCUUAAUCCAGCAGUAAAUCCCAUUCAAUACAGCCAUCUUUUAUUAUCCUUAAUCUCAUAGACUCAUAGAUUUUCAGGCCAGAAGGAACCAUUAUGAUCACCUAGUCUGACCUCCUGCACAUCGCAGGCCACAGAACCGUACCCACCCACUCCUGUAAUAGACCCCUAACCUCUGCUGAGUUACUGAAGCCCUCAAAUAAUUAUUUAAAGACUUCAAGUUACAGAGAAUCCACCAUUUACUCUAGUUUAAACCUGCAAGUGACCCAUCCCCCAUGCUGCAGAGGAAGGCAAAAAAACCUCAGGGUCUCUGCCAAUCUGACUGGGGGAAAAUUCCUUCCCAACCCUAAAUAUGGUGAUCAGUUAGACUCUGAACAUGUGGACAAGACCCACUAGUCAGACACCUGGUAAAGAAUUUUCUGUAGUAAGUCAGAAUCCUCCCCAUCUAGUGCCCCAUCAGCAGCCAUUGGAGAUAUUUGCUGCCAGCAGUCGCAUGUCAGCUACGUACCAUUGUAGGCAGCCUCAUCAUACCUCCAUAGACUUAUCAAGCUCAGUCUUGAAGCCAGUUAACUUUUUUGUCCCCACUGCUCCCUUUGAAAGGGCUGUUCCAGAACUUCACUCCUCUGAUGCUUACAAACCUUUGUCUAAUUUCAAGCCUAAACUUGUUGGUGGCCAGUUUAUAUCCAUUUGUUCUUGUGUCCACAUUGGUGCUUACCUUAAAUAACUCCUCCCCUUCCCUGGUAUUUAUCCCUCUAAUGUAUUUAUAGAGAACAAUCAUAUCUCCCCUCAGCCUCAUAAGGUAGGUUUUCCAUUCUUCUUCCAUUCUUCUGACCCUAGUAGUCCUUCUCUGUUCCAGUUUGAAUUCGUCUUUCUUAAACAUGGGAGACCAGAAUUGCACACAGUAUUCCACAUUGUGCCUUAUAUAAUGGUGGUAACAUUUCCCUGUCUUGGCUGGAAGUACCUCGGCUAAUGCAAUCCUAGCUAAUGCAUCAGGCUUUUUCAUGGACGCAUCACAUUGACUGCUCAUAGUCAUCCUGUGAUCAACCAGUACACCCAGGUCUUUCUCCUCCUGUGUCACUUCCAACUGAUAAGUCCCCAGCUUACAGCAAAAAUUCUUUUUGUUAGUCCCUGGGUGCAUGACCUUGCACUUUCCACUAUAAAAUUUCAUCCCAUUUCUGUUACUCCACUUUUCAAGGUCAUCCAGAUCUUCUUGUAUGAUAUUCUGGUCCUCCUUUAUAUUGGCAAUACCUCCCAACUUUGUGUCACCUGUAAUCCUUCAAACUGAGCCAGACAAAGGAUUCCUCGCUUCCUACUUAGUAAUCAUCAAGGCAAAUCCCAAAGAGAUGUAGCCUCCUUCCAGGUCAAGUGUCACCCAGAUCAAUCUCUGGCUAGGUCCUUAAGAUAUCUAGCUGGAUGUUUGGUAUGUGUCCUUCAUUGGCAAUUUUAUCAUGCCACCAAAGCAUUUGGCAACCAUGUGAUCAGCAACUGUGUAGUGGCAUUCCUCAGUAAACACACUUUGCAAUCGGUUUGUCUUCCCUGCUACUAAUCCUAAUAUGUCAGUACCAAUAAGAUGCUGAAACAGGGCUGAUGAAGGCACUUACUAGGUUUGGCUAUUAAUAGCCUUAUUGCUGAUUUUGUCUUGCCACUUAAUAUGUUUGAAAACACAGUUUGGAAACUUCUGCCUGAUCUAAUGCAGUGAACAUCACCAUAUUAUCUGGCCAUCUUGAAAAUUUUUUUUUUACAAAUAUCUCAACUUAGAGAGCAAACAAGGUGUACAGAGAAUAGCAUGCAUAAGGUACAAACCAGAACACAAAGGGAACACUGGUAGUGGAAACACAUGUGAGGGAGUCAAAAAAUUAAGAAUGUUACAUUUGAAUAGGUAUUAUUGGUCUUUAAUCUUCAGGCUGACUUAGAUGGUGUGGUUUUUAUCGUAAUUGUGUGACAUGAUAAUUGGAGAGCUGAAAAUAAUAAAAUGUGUUGCCAAGUGA